UAUUUCCAUUUAAACUUUAGAGAAAAUCGCUAUGAUUUCGGACCUCCGGCCUCUGUUACAAACAUCCAGAAGAGAGAGAGAGGGAGUCUGUUUGGAAAUGGAGGAAAACAAGAGAGAGGAAGAAGGGUUUCCUUGUUCUUGUCUUAAUUUUGUUGUGGUGUGAUGGUCCGUACCCAUCUCAGACCUUUUGCAUUGUAUAUGAGUUGGAAAGUCUUGUCUUUUGAUAACCCAUCUCUCUCUCUCUCUCUCUCUCUCUCUCUCUCUCUACUAUUUCUCUCUAAAUCUAAAGUGAUAUCUUCCUUCUUCUAAUAUUCUCCAUGGGUUUUUAAUUUGGAAAUGAUUUUCUAGAAAAAAGAGGAUGAUAGGUCUUAGUACACCACAUGAACCAGAUUACUUUGAGUUUCUUGGAGUUGAUCCCACUGGAAGAUAUGGAAGGUACAAUGAAGUCCUUGGCAAAGGAGCUUCCAAGACAGUGUAUAGAGGUUUUGAUGAAUAUGAAGGUAUUGAGGUUGCUUGGAACCAGGUGAAACUGUAUGACUUCCUUCAGAGCCCUCAAGAUCUUGAGAGGCUCUAUUGUGAAAUCCAUCUCUUGAAGACACUCAAACACAAGAACAUCAUGAAAUUCUACACUUCUUGGGUUCAUACUACCACUGGAAUAUAA